CCCUCCUGCGCCUUUUGUCUUCUCUCGGCACCCGUAGCCGCCUGGGUCUGGUUUAAGUGCCCGGAUGCGGAAGUACUUGUUCCUUUUUUAUCACCGCGUCUGUGGCCGCCUGAGCAGCAGCUGCCCGGAGCCCGGACCGUCGCCAUGCCUCGCAAAAUUGAAGAGAUCAAAGACUUCCUGCUUACAGCCAGGAGAAAGGAUGCGAAGUCUGUCAAGAUCAAGAAGAACAAAGACAAUGUGAAAUUUAAGGUGCGUUGCAGCCGGUACCUAUACACUCUGGUCAUCACAGACAAGGAAAAGGCUGAGAAAUUGAAGCAAUCCCUGCCACCAGGUUUGGCUGUGAAGGAGCUGAAAUGAACCGGUCAUGCCCAGAGCUUUUCACAUGUAUAAUAAUAAAAGAGGGAACUGUUCUCGCA